CCGACAAGCAAACUAAUACAAAGACGAUUAUGAAUAGAGGAGCAAACUCAGUUUCCCUCCCUAAUGAUCUCAUGUACGAGAUACUCUCGAGAUUGCCAGCAAAGUCAAUAAAGAGGUUUUGCUGCGUGUCGAAGCUAUGGGCGUCCAUUAUUUGCCGUAAAGAUUUCACCGAGUUGUUCCACACCAGAUCCUUAUCUAAUCCACGUCUCUUAUUAAUUAAGGUCCAACGAGGCGAUCAAUGGAGCUUCUUCUCAACGCCGCCUCAGCCUCAGAAUCAUUAUGGGAAGUCGUCUUUUGUAGUAGCCGACAGUUUUCAUAUGAAAUUCUUUGAAGUCGGUACUGAAUUGGUUUUUCAUAUUUUGACAUUAGGAACUGGAAAAAUGAGGUGGAGGAAUAUCCAAUGUCCUUCAAACCAUGAUCCUUUUGUUUGGUGUAAAGGGAUAUGCAUCAAUGGAUUUUUGUUUUACUUAGCUCAACAAAAUGAUGAAUUGAAUGCAGUGAUAGUUUGCUUUGAUGUUAGGUCUGAGAAAUUCAAGUUUCUACUACUACAGGUAGAAUUAAUGAGGUGGCCUACUCAAUUGAUCAACUAUAAGGGUAAAGUAGGUGUGAUGAUGAAGGAGGAUGGUUGUAAAGGUAGAUUUCUCCUUAAGUUACAUAUAUGGAUUCUAGAAGAUGUCGGAAAAGAGGAAUUGACGGCAUAUGCCUACACUUUGAGGGAUGAGAAUAAUGUGGUUAAGGAUGACAGUUUCAUUGGUGUUGUUGGGGUGACUGCUUCAGGUGAAAUUGUUUUGGCAGACCCUUUCUAUAAACCGUUUUAUGUUUACUACUUUAAUCUUGAAAGGAACACUCUCCGUAGUGUUGAAAUCCAAGGUAUAAGAGAAGGGGAAGAAUGGUUUUGCGAUCAUAGAUUUUACUACUUUGUAGAUCAUGUUGAGGAUCUUAGGUUUGAUGUCAAGCAGACAACAUAUGCGGCAACAUCUAUAAGCCGACCAGAACAAAGCACAUCAUCAACAUCAUCUAGAGGAGAUCAUCAAGUGACGACCGUUGCUCACGAGAAACAAGAUUGAGAGCGUUAAUCUUUGAGGCUAUGCGUCUUUUAGAUGAUGA